AUGAUGCGCCGCAUCGUCGCCGAGGACCUCGCGGUGAAGCUCGUCCGCACCCCUUGGCACCCGUACGUCCAAGGCUCUAAGCUCUGCCGGAUUGCCCUCUUUCAGCACUGGGCGAAAAGGGUCGAGAAGAUCGACACCGAAACGAUCAACAAACGCCGGGACCCGACCCUCAUUCAGCCAGAGGAGACGCUGAAGUACGAGAGGGAGCGCUCCGCGGUCGAGAAGAUUGACCUUCAGGAGGAGAUUGAGAAGCGCGACGAUACCAUCGCGACGCUGACCGCCGAGAGAACCCGCCUCAUCCAGGCACUCCGUGUGUCAGAAGCACGGAGGAUGCCGGCGGCGCCGCCGUCGGCGAACGAGCAAGCGCCGAGCGAGGGUGGCUCCACGGAUUCGGCCAAUACGGGGGCCGGAGCCAAGAAACGGGAUGAGAAACCCCCGAAACCCCCACAGACGGUCGACGAGGCUCGUUACGAGGUCAACGUGGUGCAACCUUGGCGGGAGGCAAAGAUCGUGAGGGACGCUUGGCGCCUCUGGAACUCCGCCACCGCCAAUGACACCCGUCGUCUUUGCGACAGGGUCGCCGAGCCGGGAUUCGUCGACCGCCACACCCUCCUCAAAGGCGCGACGCAGGGUGCACACGACAUGAAGGUGCGCCGCAUGCUGAAGGCCAUGGAUGCAGUGCGCCUUCUUCGCUCGAGCGACGGCGAUGCCGACACCGAAGCCGUCGUCGCUGCACUGAACAAGAUCGCGGCGCCGGGCAUCGGAACCUUCUGCGAUGCUCUCACGGUGCUCAAACCGGGAACCGCACCGACGAAAUCCAAGGAGCCUGGCAUGGGCGUCAAGGGGCUGGGCCCCAAGUUGGUCUCGAAGCUUCGUCUCGCCUGUGCGCUGGUGGCGCUCAACUUGAAGCCGAGCGCUUGGGUCGGCGUCCUGUUUCCAGACACCUGGGAGGAGCAGAUGCCGAAGACCGUGGCCGACAUGGCCAAGCAGACCGCACCUGUGCUGCGUCCUCCGACGAAGCGCAAGAAGGCGGCAUGA